AUGGGAGCGGAUAGGGGUUCCAACCUGUCGCUGCUAUUGGAUGUGAGCAAUCUGGGGGCGGAGUCAGUUUGCUCUGUGACCACGCCCAAAGAGGUGUGGCUUCAGCUGCUACAUACCUCGUCCCGAGCGCUUGCACAUGCGCAGUUACAGGAAGCUGCAGCAGACACCAGCGCUCUGAACACAGAGUACCAGAAGAUUCCUCCAAACUUUGUGAGCGCAGCCGAUCUGGACGCUCCGGGACACAUGAUGAAAGACAGAUACAAAACCAUCCUGCCCAACCCGGAGACUCGGGUGAUCCUGAAGAACCUGGAGGAAGAACCGGGUCCGGAUCGCUACAUCAACGCCAACUAUGUCAGGGGCUACAGAGGGGCUCCCAGGGCCUUCAUCGCCACCCAGGGGCCCAUGCUGCACACGGUGGAUUUCUGGGACAUGGUGUGGCAGGAGCGCAGCAGCAUCAUUGUGAUGGUGACCAAGCUGAAGGAGAACAACCAGAAAUGCGAGCCGUACUGGCCGCAGCCGAGGGACGGGACGAAGGUGAAGGAGGAGGACGAGGACCGGCAGGACGAGAUCCAGAGGGACGAAGACGAGGGACAGACGAGUCGUUUCGGCAGAUUCCUGCUGAGAGUUAAAGACAGACGGGAAAAAAACGGCUUCAUCAUCUCUGAUCUGCAGAUCCAGCUGAACUCUGAGCGCCGUCUGGUCAGACACUACUGGUUCAGCUCCUGGCCCGACCACCACAUCCCAGAAUGCAUUGUUUCUCUGCUGAAGCUGGUGGAGGAUGUGGAGACGCACAGGAAGUCCCUGGAGCCAAUCACAGACGCCGUUCCGGGUAACGGACCAAUCAUAGUACACUGCAGCGCAGGCAUCGGCCGGACGGGUUGCUUCAUCGCCAGCAGCAUCUGCUGCCAGCAGCUCAGAGAAACCGGACAGGUGGACAUUCUGGAGACGGUUUGCCAGCUUCGACUCGACAGGGGGGGGAUGAUCCAGACCACCGAGCAGUACCAGUUCCUGUACUCCACACUGGCCCAGUUCAGCCGCCAGCUGCAGCAGAACCAGGACCAGAACCAGACCAACACAGACUCACAGAACCAGCCUGAGGACCAGGCCAGCGUACGGCUGCAGAACCUUCGACUGCAGAACUGAGAAAAACCAGAACCUACAAAACCAGCAAUGCCCUCAAAGAAAUCUGAAGAAAGCAGGAGAAUCAGGAGAACCAAGAGAAUCAGGAGAACCAAGAGAAUCAGGAGAACAGGGAGAACCAGGAGAAUCAGGAGAACCGAAGAGUCGUCUCAUGGACAUCGGCAGCAGACAGGACUGACAGGAAAUUGGAUCCAUUAGGGCAACACAGCAGAACCAGAACUGGAUCUUCAGUUUGACUCUGAAAGUAUGGAGAACCCAAAGAACCAAAAGUUCAUCCUGGACUGAAAAGGGAAAUAAAAAAUUAGAUUAUUAAAAUGAAAUAAAUGUAUUGUUUACAUGUUUGUUUGUUUCUCAGAGACGAGCAGAGCUGAACCCGACCAUCAGGUUCUGUUCAGCUAAAUCUCCACGGUUCAUAAAGUUAAUUUAAAAAAAUAGGAACUUUUGAAUUGAACUUUAAUGAAACAAAGUCUGAAAACUUGUUUCAGAUUCUUUUCUGGUUAUUUGCUUUAGUAUUUUUUUUAGCUGAAAUGUAUAAAUUCAGGUUUGUUUUA